AUGCCCGAGGGCUGGGCGACUGGGGAAACCUUCAGUCAGGCUCGCGUGCCCCGGUGGAGCGCGCAGCGCGCGCCCCGACACCGCGGGGCUGCAGAGAGACGCGUAGUGGGUGGGGUGGAUUCUGCCUUGGGGGAGCUGGAGUGCGCAGCCUAUUCCGUGUUGACCUGCGUGGGGGCGAGUACUGGCGAGGAGCGCACACUGCUCCUCACCUGCGCGGCGCCGCCCGCACUCAAGAACGGUCGCGGUCCAGGUGGCGCUGGCUGCAGCCGAUCCCCGUGCGCCUUCGCAGCCGCCGAAGUUCCUCGAGGGCUGCGCCACGUGGCCUUCACCCCUCGACUCCUCCGCAGGCCCCCGGCCCCCGGCGCCCUGCGGCCCUCGCCCUUCCCGCAUCCGGCGCUGCACGGCCUCCACCGCCUGGCGCGCGCGCUGCUCUUCCCGGCCUACUGGACCCUGGAUCAGCUGCUGGGCUGCUGUGCACCAACGGCGCGCCCGAUGAGCCUGGGGCGGCUGAGACUGGCGGCGCGCGGCGGCGCGGCGCUGCUGCUGCUGCUGCUGGUCGGCCUGCCCCUGGCGCUGCCCGGCCUGCUGCUCUGGCUGUGGCUGCAGGUUUGGCGCCGCCCCUUCUGCUACCGCCCCCCUCCGCUGUGCUGGGCGCCGCCCGCACCCUGGCGCCCGCCGGCUGAACCCGGGCGCUGCUUUGCCUUCCUCACAGCCGAUCUGUGCCUGCUCCCCCACGGGCUGGCGCGCUUCAACAACCUGCCGCACAGCCAGCGACGGGCCGAGGCCAUCGGCGCCGCGCUGCUGGCCGGUCUGCGGCCUGCGCUCUACAGGGCGGCGGACUGCACCCAGCCCUGGCCCAGGGCGCCGCGCGGGGCACUGGUGGCCUCGCUGCCCGUGGGUCUGGACUUUGUGUGCCUGCAGGAAGUAUUCGAUCUGCGAGCAGCGCGUCGCCUGGUGAACCGCCUGGCGCCCAACCUGGGUCCCGUGCUGUACGACGUGGGUACCUUCGGCCUACAGCCGGGGCCGCACCUGAAGCUACUGGGCAGCGGGCUGCUGCUGGCCUCGCGCUACCCGCUGCUGCGCGCCGCCUUCCGUUGCUUCCCCCAUGCGCGUGGCGAGGACGCGCUGGCUUCCAAGGGACUACUGUCCGCACAGGCGCAGCUGGGCUGCCUGGACGGGCGCCGCAUCGUGGGAUUCCUGCACUGCACGCACUUGCAAGCACCGGCUGAGGACGGGCCCUUGCGCAGCAAACAGCUGACGCUGCUGCUGGACUGGGCCGAGCAGUUUGAGGCACAGAGCGACCAGAGUGGAGAGGUCGUGGCUUUCAGCGUGCUCCUGGGCAACCUAAACUUCGACAACUGCUCAAAAGACCACGCGCUGGAGCAGGAGCACGAGCUCUUCAACCGCUUCCAGGACCCCUGCCGACUGGGCACGCGCCAGGAGCAGCCCUGGGCCCUGGGGACCGUACUGAGCACCUCCGUGCUCCACCACUCCGUGGCCUGCUCCCCCGAGAUGCUGCGGCGGGCCCUGGAGCAGGAGAAAGGGCGCCACCUCUACCUGGCCGGCCAUCCCUGCAGAAGCCGCCGGGCUAAGCCCUGGAGAGGUCGGCGCCUGGACUACAUCACCUACCGCGGAGUUCCCGGGGGCCUGCUGCGCCCAGAGGUGGAGCAGGUGACGUUCAGCACCGCCCUGGCAGGGCUCACGGACCACCUGGUGGUGGGCCUGCAGCUACGAGUCUCCGCGUCGUCCUAAGGCGCAGGUGGAAGGCGCGUAGCCGGCACACACAGACACGGC